CUCUGGGUUCCUCUCCGCGCCCUUUUUCAACCCGUCGCUCGCCCGUCUCUCGUCGCUCGCCCGUCCCUCGUCGCUCGCCCGUCUCUCGUCGCUCGCCCGUCCCUUGUCGCUCGCCCGUCUCUCGUCGCUCGCCCAUCUCUCGUCGCUCUCUCGGCUCUCGUCGCUCUCUCGUCUAUCAUGGCUCUCUCGCCCUUCGUUUGCGUCUCGCGGCCAGCACAGCACAUUCGGGACAUCAGUGACCCCGAGCACCCGUACUCGUUAGAGCAGCUGGACGUGGUGAACGAGGAGAACAUAGAGUGCGACGAUGCCGGCAGCCACAUCACCGUCCGCUUUACCCCUACAGUGCAGCACUGUAGCAUGGCAACCCUUAUCGGCCUCUCAAUACGAGUCAAGCUCAUGAGAUGCCUACCCAGAAGAUUCAAGGUGGACAUUCAGCUAUCUCCUGGAUCGCACGCAUCGGAAACAGAAGUGAACAAGCAGUUGAACGACAAGGAAAGGGUGGCCGCAGCACUGGAGAACCCGAACCUCUCAGACAUGGUCGACAGAUGCCUCGUGCCCUCCAUGUGACUGCCUGCCCUCAACAGUCGGUCUAGACUCUAGAGUCUCUAGAGAUGUCAGGGGGCGGGGGGAGGGUGGGCUUUGACCAUGCCUGAGUGGGAGGCAGAAGCUCUGGCGAACCCGGACCUUUCAGGCACGGUCGACAGAUGCCUCGUCCCCUCCAUGUCUGCUUUCAUUAGUCUGUAUAGACUCUUCUAGAGAUGGCAUUUAUGGGGCUCCACAAAACAUGUCUUGGUGGGAGGCAGCUGCUCUUGAGAAGCCUACCCAACCUCUCAGACACGGCUGACAGAUGCCUUGUGCCCUCUCUGUGUCUUGCGAGUGUUCUAAGCCCCCUAGUAACACUCGAGCCUGCAGGACAGGAGAGAGGAGCACCGCCCCAGCCAGUCAAAACAUGCUCAGCAGAUGCUUCAUCGUCCCCCCACCGUGUGUGUGACUGCCUGCCUUCCUGCUGUCAGCAGUCUAGUCAAAUGAACCCACCCACCCAGCCUCCGUGUGUGUUAUUGUCUGAAAGUUUUUGUAAGGAAUUAUAAUUCCGUACUGUAGUGUAGGCUUUCUAAUACAGUAUGUUAAGCUGU